GCGCACUAAUAUUUAAGUGUCUGCUGGGUUGAUCACGGAGAUCCGAGUGUCUGCUGACUUGACCGCAGUCUAACGUUACACCGCCUAACGUUACUCGUUCAGGUGACAGCCUCGACAAACCGCCCCCUCCACUCGGAGAUGUUGCCGGGUACGGAUGACAGCAGACCAGAGGACCGAAACAAGUGCCUGCACCGGUCUUCAGAAAGUAGUGAAGAUAGAGAACAGGGUAAUCUCUCUUAAAGUAGGCUACUUAUUGCUCCGCGCUGGGGUCUAGUGGAAGAGCUUCAGCCACGGUUCGGUCAUUUUAAGCCACGAAGCUUAACGAAGAGAGAGAGAGAGAGAGGAAAAGAGACAAACGGAUCAAGCUAACGCUAACGGUAGUCUGGUCUAAAAGCCAGGUUUCUUUCUUCAGUAACGGCCUCAACAUCUCUCCUGGAUGCGAUGACUGACUCGGUUGUGGACAGCAAGGCGGAGGUGAAACAAGCCACGAAAUAUGUCAAAGAGACCGAAAACGUCGCGGAGAAAUAUUCAGCGAUGACUGUCAGCAAGAACAGCAGUGAUGUGAACAUGAACGUGGGGGAAAUGCCUUCCGCAGCGUUCACCGCAGUGCCCACUCUGAAAUCCGUCAAGAAGAUCCAGUUUGCGAACACUGAGGACAAACAGGAGUUCAGCAAGUACCCCACCAAAGCUGGUCGCCGCUCCCUCUCUCGGUCCAUCUCGCAGUCCUCCACAGACAGCUACAGCUCAGCUGCGUCUUACACCGACAGCUCCGAUGAUGAAACCUCCCCCCGGGACAAAACCCAGGUCAACACCCACGGCAGCAGUGACUUCUGUGUGAAGAACAUCAAGCAGGCCGAAUUUGGCCGCCGUGAAAUAGAAAUUGCAGAGCAAGACAUGUCAGCCCUGAUUUCCUUGAGGAAGAGAGCCCAGGGGGAGAAGCCAUUGGCUGGUGCGAAGAUAGUCGGCUGUACCCAUAUCACUGCUCAGACCGCAGUCCUGAUCGAGACCCUGGUAGCCCUCGGGGCCCAGUGUCGCUGGACUGCCUGCAACAUCUACUCCACUCAGAAUGAAGUGGCUGCAGCUCUCGCUGAAACAGGGGUACCUGUGUUUGCAUGGAAGGGCGAGUCAGAGGACGACUUCUGGUGGUGCAUCGAUCGCUGCGUCAACACGGAGGGCUGGCAGGCUAAUAUGAUCUUGGAUGAUGGUGGAGACUUAACCCACUGGGUGUACAAGAAGUAUCCCAGUGUCUUUAAGAAGGUCCGGGGCAUCGUGGAGGAGAGUGUGACUGGAGUGCACAGAUUGUACCAGUUGUCUAAGGCUGGCAAGCUGUGUGUCCCUGCCAUGAAUGUGAACGACUCCGUCACCAAGCAGAAAUUUGACAACCUUUACUGCUGCCGUGAAUCUAUCCUGGAUGGUUUGAAGAGGACCACGGAUAUAAUGUUUGGAGGCAAACAAGUGGUUGUUUGUGGUUAUGGAGAGGUGGGGAAAGGCUGCUGCACUGCUCUAAAGGCCCUUGGAGCCAUUGUGUGCAUCACAGAGAUCGACCCCAUCUGUGCCCUGCAGGCGUGCAUGGACGGCUUCCGAGUGGUCAAGCUGAGUGAGGUCAUCCGGCAGAUGGACGUGGUGAUAACUUGCACUGGUAACAAGAAUGUCGUCACUAGAGAACAGCUUGACCGAAUGAAGAACGGCUGCAUCGUCUGCAACAUGGGACACUCCAACACUGAGAUUGAUGUGGCGAGUCUGCGCAGCCCUGAGCUGACCUGGGAGAGGGUGCGCUCUCAGGUUGACCACAUCAUCUGGCCCGAUGGAAAGAGGGUUGUUCUGCUUGCAGAGGGCCGCCUCUUAAACCUGAGCUGCUCCACAGUGCCUACGUUUGUGUUGUCCAUCACUGCUACAACUCAGGCCCUGGCCCUGAUUGAGUUGUUCAAUGCUCCAGAGGGGCGUUACAAACAGGAUGUGUAUCUCCUGCCCAAGAAGAUGGAUGAGUAUGUGGCCAGUCUGCACCUACCAAACUUUGAUGCCCACCUGACAGAGCUCUCUGACGAGCAGGCCAAGUACAUGGGUCUCAACAAGAACGGCCCCUUCAAACCCAAUUAUUACAGGUAUUAAUGACGGUGUCUGAUGAUGUGAUCCUCAACACACAGUUGUCCUGGGAUAAACAGAGAUAUCUAUUUUAUUUUGUAAAUUGCUACAAAAUGGAGGAAUUAUUUUAAGUAUGCUGAAUGUAAGUUAUUAAACUUCGGACAUAGUGUUAAAUAUGAAGAAUAAGAUGAGUAGGAAACAUACAAUGUACGUAUAACCAACUAACAUUUUACAUGUCUUGUCACGUGUUUAAAAGAAAAGCCUGCUUGCAUGCUUUCAUGUGUAUGUGCUUAUUUAGUUGCUAUUGCUUCUGUUGCUAGAUCACAAAGUUGUUGAUUUGUUUGUUUACCCUAUUUAUGCACAGUGCCAAAUGAUGGCUGUAAGAAUGGAACAGAUACCAUGUAUGUUUCGUCUGUCGAUGACAUUAAGAUCUUAUUAGUACAUUCCUCAAGCCAGGGUUUGGGCUGAGCCACAACAAACUCCAUAUUACAAAGUCCAUUGUUUUAGAAAUGUUUGUGUUACAUUCGUUAAAAUAACCUCAUUGAAUGGUGUCUGCAUACAUGUCCUAAAAGGUGUCAUCCAGUCACACUUUUUUAUUACAAGUACAGUGAUUCAAUUUAUAUCACUUGUUUAUUAUAAAAAUGUAAUAGUCUGAAAGGCUGAGUGCAUUUUGAACUCCUGACUCUUGGUGUUGGCAUUCAACACUAAAAUGAUCUUAAACACCCAAAGCUUCACCUGAAUAAGUUCAAACCAAAAGGAUGUUUUUUGUGCUAACAGAUGAAGAUGUUCUGUUAUGUUAAAGAUAACAAGCUGUAUGCAUUCCUUAAAAAGGUGGAGGCGUAAAAGAUUUUCAAACUACUAUCAUUUUCUGUAUUUAAUACCAAGUUUCCAUUCGCUCACUGACAUUCCAGCAGAGAUCCGUUUCUCUGACAUGCAGCGAGGUCAGUUAUAAAGUGUUCUGACUGGAUAAUACCGUUAACGGCAUGGUAUGAACGUGCCUUUUAAAUAAUUUACAACUUGUAAUAAAUAUCAGUACUGACCUUAAUUAAAUGAACAUUCCUCUUUUGUAAAACCACAUCUAUUAGUGGUGCGUUUAAUGUCUUCCUUCCACUGCUUCUGGUAUUAAAAAUAUCUCUGAUGUGUUGAGAAACAAUAUUAGACUUUUAUGUUUGCCAUAUGAUUGUCACGGUCUUAAUUUGAUCCAAUAGGGUCACCUAAAGUAAAAUGUAAUGUCAUUAAACUGCAUAAGUGUACACAAUGUAUGUAAAAUAAUGCAUUAAAUCAGCAAUAAAACAACUUCUUUUAACAGAGAAAA